UCUUUAGUCUUCAGUGAAUGUCGGUGGGCUCACAGCCUCUGGUCUGAAAAUGACACGCGACUUUAAAUUACAUAAACGUAAAAUUUUCAGAACGAGACAAUUCCUCACUAGAGCCAACAAUCGAUGUCCUGGUAUGGUUUCUUUGCAAGCUCUGCUUAUGGCUUCCCAUUUCCAGUGCACCAUCUUACUUAUUCUUUGCACCAUUUUUUUGGAUGGCCUCCUUGAACAAGCUGAGGCUGCAACGACACCCAAGGAUGAAAUUGAGACACUCAUCACAAUUGGAAAGACGCUGGGUAAAGGAGACUGGAACUUCACUGUGGAUCCCUGUGCAGGAAACAUUCCAAACGAAUUGGGUUGUAACUGUUCUUACCAAACUGAGACCGUUUGUCAUGUUAUCAACAUAACACUUGUGAGCCUCAAUCUCACCGGAACGCUUCCCCCACAGCUAGCAAAUCUGUCAUAUCUUCAGAGCCUUAUUCUCACAGACAACUAUCUAACCGGUCCAAUUCCUUCACAACUGGGCUCCUUGAAGUCCUUGAAAUUUCUGGAUCUUUCAAGAAAUCUUUUGUCUGGUCCUGUUCCAAAGGAGCUUGGAAAACUUGCAGAUUUGGAGAAACUGGUGCUUCAUUCCAACAAUCUUUCUGGUAAACUUCCUCUAGAGAUCGGUGACUUGACAAUGCUACAGACAAUGCAUAUAUCUUCUAACCGAUUUACUGGUCCGAUACCUGAAACUUAUGCCAAUUUACAGAAUCUGAUAGAGUUUUGGGCAUCUAGCAAUGAUUUGAAUGGCACAAUGCCAAGUAACAUUGGGAAUAUGGUCAACCUAGAAAAAUUGAUACUUCAAGGAACUUCUUUGCAGGGACCAAUUCCUUCAAAUAUAUCACGGUUAACUAAACUAGAAGAUUUGAGGAUAAGUGAUAUAACACAAGGUGGGAACUCCUUGGAGUUCAUACUGCAAUUAAAAAAUCUGAGGACAUUAGUUCUGAGGAACAACAAUAUCACCGGAAACAUUCCUGAUGACAUAAGCAUAUUAUCCAAGCUGAAAACUUUGGACUUAAGUUAUAACAAAUUAAGCGGAAAGAUUCCAGAUUCUGUCAACAAAAUAUCAUUGGAAUUUUUGUUCCUUGGGAACAAUAAUUUGUCAGGGACUCUUCCUAGUUGGCUGACUACAUCCGAUGCAACAAUAGACUUGUCACAUAAUAACUUUUCUGGGAAUAUCGAAUCAAAAUUGACUUCAGAACAGACAAAAGUGAAUCUGAUUUGGAACUCUUUAAGCCCUACAGAUCACAGCAAUCCGGCAGGCUGUCUCCAAAGAACCUUCCCAUGUGGUGAAAAAUCAAAAUACUAUGGUUUUGCUAUAAACUGUGGAGGAGAGAAACUCAAAAUUUCUGCACCAAACUUUAUUUUUGAUGAAUUUGAAGAGGAUGAUGAAGUUGAUACCCUAUUAUUCUUUCGACGUUCCAAAAUGUAUUGGGGAUUCAGUAGCAUAGGAUAUUAUAUGGAUUCUGAUAGUGAAUCAAAGGCUUACAUAGCCAACAAUAGCACCACCUUCACCAUCACCCCACAUAAUACCAGUGCGUUUUCCUCCAAUUUUGAUCCAGAACUGUACAGGACAGCACGCAUUUCUCCUGUCUCUUUGAGGUACUAUGGCCUGGACCUUCAAACAGGACCAUACAACAUACAGCUCCACUUUGGUGAAAUACAGUUUCCAGCUAUGAAAACCACAAAAGGACGACGAAUCUUUGAUGUCUAUAUUCAGGGAGAUCGAGUGUUGAAAGAUUUUGAUAUAAUGGAGGCUGCUGGAGGGCAAAAUCUGGCAGUCAUCAUGAACUACACCAUAAAUGUUACCCAAAACUACUUAGAUAUUCACUUUUUUUGGGCUGGGAAAGGAACAUGUUGUGAACCACAAGAUGUGUAUGGACCUUUGGUUUCAGCAAUUGUAGUCACUCCAAACUUCAAACCGCAUUUUGAGAAGAAAAGUAAGACUGCUAAGAUAGCCAUAAUUAUUGUCUUAGUAGUGGUCAUUUCGGGUCUUGUGUUGAUAUCAACUCUAGUAUUUAUCAAGAGGAAGAAAAAAGGGGACAACAUAUUAUCCCGUUUCAGCAAGGACAGAGAGUUGAAGACAAUGGACGGUAAUUCUUUCAGCUUAAGGGAGAUGAAAACUGCAACUAAAAGUUUCGAUCCCAAAAAUAAGAUAGGAGAGGGUGGCUUUGGAGCAGUUUACAAGGGUGUACUAUCAGAUGGGAGGAAGGUGGCAAUCAAGCAGUUAUCAUCUCAGUCAAAACAAGGGAAUCGAGAAUUUCUGAAUGAAGUAGGCACUAUAUCUGCAGUGCAACAUCCAGAUGUCAUUAAACUUUAUGGCUGUUGUGCAGAGGGGGAGGAUCUUCUCCUGGUUUACGAAUAUAUGGAAAACGGCAACCUCGCGCAAGCUUUGUUUGAUCGCGAUGAACCUCGUAUUAAGUUAGAUUGGCCCACUCGGUAUAGGAUUUGUUUGGGAGUUGCUCGCGGACUUGCUUAUCUUCACGAAGAGUCGUUGUUAAAAAUUAUACAUCGGGAUAUCAAAUCAACAAACAUUCUUCUAGAUGAAGAUUUAAAUCCCAAAGUAGCAGAUUUUGGGUUGGCAAGGUUAUUUGAUGAUGGAAAUACUCAUGUGAGCACAAGGGUAGCAGGAACAAUUGGGUAUAUGGCUCCAGAGUAUGCCUUAAGAGGGCAUCUCACAGAGAAGGCAGAUGUUUACAGCUUUGGAGUGGUUGCGCUUGAAGUUGUUAGUGGCAGAACCCACACAGACACGAACUUGGAAGAAGAAAAGGCUUACCUUCUUGAAUGGACUUGGCAUCUGUUUGAAGAAAUGAGGAUGCUAGAAUUGGUAGAUGUGAACCUUUUGCAAUUCGGAUACAACGAAAAAGAAGUGAUAAGGGUGAUUUAUGUGGGACUUUUGUGCACUCACGAGAACCCUGGUCGAAGACCUUGCAUGUCCGCGGUUGUUGAAAUGCUGGAGGGCAGAAUGGAAAUACCUGUUCCACAGGCUCGCCCUGGAUAUCUCAAUCAUUGGCAAACAUGGCAGCUGGCUGCUGGUGCGCAAAACAACCAGGCCCAAUCCUCAACAAGCAAUAGCUCCAACCAACAAGGGCCAUGGAAGGACAACUCUUCUUCCCAAAAGCAACCUUCAGUAUAGAAUGAUGUGCUAUGCAUAUUUUUAUUAUUGUUUUAUCUGAAUUACUCCAAGAUCUGUUGCAAUCAGACCACACGCAUAAUUGAUAUGUAUUAAUAGAACUUACCUGAAUUCUUUGAAAAUAUUUAUUGUUCAAUCUUUGUAAUAUGUUUAGUUGACAAAUGCUCUUUCAAUGAUCCAUAAUAGUUUAAAGAUACUGUCUGAGUGAUCGUCACUUAUGGAUA